UACUGCUUACUACCUCUGGUACAAGAAUGGAAAAUAUCUAAAGUACACCGAGGAGUCUUCCACUUACAUAGACUCAGCCAGUGACUCUGGGAGUAAGGGUAGUUACCGGUGUGUGGUCCAAGCUGGUGGCUAUAGCCUGACAUCUUCUGAUGUGUGUGUUUCUGGCCCGGACUGCUGGGGUGUGACCUACCAGAGCGGGAUAGUCUGUGGCUUAAAGGGCUCAUCAGUGGUCCUGUCCUGCUCUUACAAAUAUCCCGGAGGCCAUCGGUUCGAGCGAGGACACUGGUACCUAAAAGUCAGCGGUUCGAGCGGAGAGUUAGACGACCUGAGCCUGAACCCCCUCUUCAGAGGUCGAGUCGAGAUCGGUGCAGAUCGAGAUAACUGCAGCCUGGCGAUACAGGAUCUGAAAAACCUGCAGGUGGCUGUUGAUCCAGAUACAGUAAGAGCACAUUGGAUAAAAGCAACAUGUGGUACCUCAUGCAGAUGGAGCUCUUACUUAUGGUACAGAAAUGGCCAACUUUUACAGAAUGAACAUAGACAGGACAAAUAUCUUAACCGAUAUGCUAAACAUCAGGAGGGACAUUACUCUUGUUCAAUACAAGGCCAUGAAAAUCAUCGUUCCCCAGAAGUGUGUAUCCUUGGUAAGGCGUGCUGGAAUGUGACGUAUGCCACUGAGGCCAUCUGUGCCUUGAAGGGGUCCACAGUGGACAUCACCUGCCAUUACAAACACCCGGCUGGCCACAUCCCCACAAGUUCAUUUUGGUUUUAUGAUCAAGAGCCGAACUCCGAGCCUGAGGACCUGAGCCUGGCCCACAUGUAUGAGGGCCGUGUGGGGUACUGGGGUAAUAACAGCGUCCACACGCUGAGACUGGCCAAUCUGACCCAGGCAGACGCUAGAGAAUACUUCUUCAGAUUUGGGACGGAUAAAGGAGAGGCGUUCAGUGGAAGACCCGGUGUCAUGCUUUCAGUCACAAGCCUGCGAGUCAGUAUGACCCCAGCUCUGGUGACCGAGGGCGACGGGGUGACACUGACCUGCAGCACCACCUGCACUCUGAGCAAUAGCUCCACCUUCACCUGGUUCAAGAACUCACGACCGGUGCCUACCGAAUACCACACCGACAACAAUCACAUGUACCUGAGUCCAGCGAGCAGUAGUGACUCCGGCAUCUACACCUGUGCUGUCAGAGGGCUAGAGGGUUCUCUGUCCACAGCUGAGACUCUCAAUGUCAGAUACCCUCCAAGGCAAACCUCUGUGUCCGUGAGUCACUCUGGUGAGAUAGAAGAGGGCCAUACGGUGGUUUUGUCCUGCAGCUGCCAAGCCAACCCACCACCACACACCUACACCUGGUACAGGAGAAGAGGACCUGAGACUGCUCUACAAAAGGUGACUGAGGAAGUGAGCGUGAACUUCACCUCAAGAGACGAGGGGUUGUACCACUGUGAGGCACACAAUGAAAUCGGCUCUCAGAACUCAUCUGUCACCGAGGUUCAUUUUACAGGAAGUCUGCUGGGGAAGACACUUAUAGGUAUCGGAGCUAUCAUCCUUGCUGUCAUCUUGGUUUUUGGCAUUUCCCUCAGAGUGUUCUGGAAGAGAAAUGGUAGACCCUCUGAAGACGACAAGAGCACCGAAAAUAAAUCACAUGUGGACGCAGCUCCUGUUUAUGCCAACAUCGGUGCCAGGGGUAAUAUGACUGCUGGCCAUACCAACAACACAAAUGACAGAGAGGACCAUGGUAGGGAUGUUGAGUAUGCCAGCCUUCAGUUCAGUGCCUCUGAAGAACAGGAAGAAGAUGGUCACACAGUCCACAUCAAAAGUGCGAGUCUGAGCACUACCAGACGAGCUGAAGACUCCUAUGUGGUCUACAGUGUUGUCAGUAAACACGGACAGUCACAAUAAAAGAUGAAUGGACAGUCGACUAAAGACCACAGAGAAUGGGGGGAAUAGCUUUCGUCCUCAUUCUUGUUUCAUUGACUCUUCACUUAAUGUCUAUGCAUCAGCGGAUUUUGAGCCAUUGGGCCUCUGGGAACAGAGACAAUUUUUUUUUAUACAUAUAUAAUUUUGUCAUGUUUAGCCAAAAUUAAACUAGGCCAUCAUGAUUAGCUGGCCCUCGUCACGCGACUAUGUUGAAUGACAGUAGAGCUAGCAUUAUAGCUAACACUGCAGUCAAUCUUGAUCUUACCAUGAAGCUACAGACUUACUGUAGCAUGCAGCUACAGACCAUGUUUGAAAUUUGUGAAAAAAGUUACUAUGUUUAAACCAGAAGAGGCAGAUGAAUGUAAACAUUAAAAUGACUUAAGACUUUUGAAGUAGGCUAAAGUCUCACUGAUCUUGAAUUAUAAGCCUAUUCGUUCACACAAACUUAGCCUACAUCACAGACCAGUUGGAGGUGCAAAUAAUAUUAUUAUAAUAAGAUAGUAAUAACAAUAUAAUUUUUGGUUGACUUGACCAUCUGUCUGAGUCAACAUUUGACACCUGCGAUAUGUUUAGUGUUCUAACUAUGUCAAAUAGCUCGUUAUUGUUACCAAAAUGAUGCAAGGUGUGUACUGAAGAUUAUUGACGCCACAGAGAAACCACU